GUCAAAAAAUUCAACACACCAGCAGUGUGUGAGGAGACCUGAAAGUGGCACAUGGCAGAGUGUGGCGAUGGAGACAGCAGCAAUGGGAGGCCGUACAGGGACCCAUGAGAGACUCUGGACCUGGCAGCAGCAUGAGGAGGCGGUAUAUAGGGGCCCAUGGCAGAUUAGGGGCCUGGCAGCAGCUAUGGGAGGCCCGUAAUCUGCCAGCACCCUAUGUCAAAAAAUUCAACACACCAGCAGUGUGUGAGGAGACCUGAAAGUGGCACAUGGCAGAGUGUGGCGAUGGAGACAGCAGCAAUGGGAGGCCGUACAGGGACCCAUGAGAGACUCUGGACCUGGCAGCAGCAUG